AUGGCGGCAGUCCAGGCGCACGAGUUCGAGCUCGACCUCUCGGCCGUGCGCGCCCGCAACACGGUCUUGUCGCGGACGUAUGGACGGCAAGUGCUCUUGAACAAGGCGGCACAUGACCGAGAGGGCCCGGCUAGCGCGCGACGAAGCAGCCCGCCGACGCGGCCACUGAACCGGGCGGUGCAGACCGCGCGCGCCGCGCCGCUGUCGCCCCGGCGCGGCUGUCCAACCAUCGAAUCCAUCUUGCUACAGCGGCAGCUGCCCGAGGCAGCGCCUCCAGCGACGCCAUCGCCAGCGACCUUUGUCGACUCGCUCGAGGUUGCGCUGCAGGCCAUGGAUGCGCAGUCGGUGCAGCGGCGCAUAGUCGCGAGCCCGUCGCGCGCGCUUCUCGUACCAGCACGCAAAAAGGUUGGCGGCGAGCGGACCACCGACGCGAUUACAGCGUGGUUUCAACGACAAGAGUACUACCUGCGCAAGCGGCGCGUGGCCGAGAGCGACCGGGCCACGUACCUCGCGACCCCGUCGCUCGCCAUCAAGUCGAUCAGCAUCGAGAUGCUCAAAACGCUGCAGGCCAACGACGACGCGCUGCAGCUCGAAGGACGCCUCUUGGCGCAAAAGCUCGACGGGCUCCGACGCAAACUGCAGAGCACCGCGCAGACCAUUGGCGCGCUCCGUCGACGGGGCGCGCCGCUCUCCGAUGUCGACGCGUGUCGAGAAGCCAUCGAAGCCAUGGAAGGCACGCUCGCUGCGUUUCGGUCCAACCAGCAUGGCCAGUUUGACGACCUCGUCGUCCACGAAGGCCAGCUCCAGCACAAUCUGCUCCGCUUUGAGUCCAAGCUCGAGGGAUGGUCCAACGAGCGCCCAAUCGACCGCCCGACAACGGGCAAGGCGCCGCGACCCGCCGUAGCGUCCGCGGCCAUUGACGUCGACACACUCCAGGACAUUGAGCGCGUGCGUAUGCUCGAUGAUCUCUUGCACGAGACGGGCGAUGCGUGCGGCGGCUGGGCGUACGACGACCACGCGCACUUUGUCGCGCUGCUGCACGCGUCGGGGCUCACAGACGCAGACGACCUCGUCGCGUACUUUGCAACCACCACAAGCAUCGACGAGCCAACCGGCGACGACGACGACUCGGUGGCCGACGAGAUUGCGCACCUCGACCAACGCGCGGCGAUUGCUGGCAAAUUGGGUCUCUUCAAGACCAAGUGCCACGCCAAGCUGCCGUUCAAGUCCACGAGCGCAGUGCAGACGCACCUCGAGUGGUACGCGCAGCACCUCUCGCUGCUGCAGGCCAAGAAGAAGACGAUUGCGACGUGGCGAGAGCGCAAGAAGAGUCUCGAGCGACGCCAAGCGACCGCUUCGAGCCACAACAACGAGCGCCCCGUGGCGCGGUCGUCGCGCACUGUGACCGAGCUUGCGGCGCGUCAGCGGAAGAAGACGCUCAUCCUCGAGUGGAAGGCGGCGAAAGCGCGGCAGUCGCAGCGCCUCGAGCCAGAGACGCUCACUGCACAGGCGUCCGUGGCGACGCUCAAACGCAUCGAGAUCAAGCAAAAGGUCGCGCUCUACAAGCUCGAGAAGGAGGAGGAGCAGAUGCGGCAAGCGAGCCUCUCGGAGCUCAUGAAGCCCCUGGCCCGCGCUCCUUCCAAGGAGCAACUCAUGACGUCGGCCGAGCGGGCUGUCCACGCCGCCAAAGUCCGCCUGGAGAAGGUGCUCGCCAACGCUGCUGCAACGCGCCAGGCAGCAGAGCUACCAGUGCGACCAAAAUCGUCUCGGCAGUUGGUCGCCAGCGCGAGCUCGGACGUGCUCAAACCGACCGCCGCGUCGGCGGCGCGGGCAAUGACGCCGGACGAGGUCGAGCAGCAGAGCGCAGCGCGGACGGCGCGGGUCGCCCAUCGCGGCUACAUACCCGGGGCAGAUGGCGCUGCGCACGUCAAAGGCCGGAGCUUCGGCCACGUACCCAGCCAGCCCCGGGCCACGCCCGAGUGGCGCAAGCGUCUCUAA